AUGAGUGAGAAUGCACAUGAUCCUGGGAUCCAGGACAAGCUGGGGCAGUUGAGAUGUCACUUCACGUGGGGGCUGAAAAUUGAAGAUAAUGAAAUACCGGAUUUAGAAAGCAGGGUCAUGGAAGAAAUUGACACCAGAUAUAAUAUAGGGGGGACUCACAACCUCCUGGCCUAUGUGAAGCACCUGAAAGGCCAGCAUGAGGAGGCCCUGCAGAGCUUGAGAGAAGCUGAAGACUUGGUCCAGAGGGAGCACACAGACCAGGUGGACCUGAGGAGCCUGGUGACCUGGGGCAACUAUGCCUGGGUGUAUCACCACAUGGGCAGAUUGGCAGAAGCCCAGACUUACCUGGACAAGGUGGAGGACACUUGCAAGAAGUUCGCAAGUCCCUCCCACUACAGGCUGGAGUCUCCUGAGAUGGAGUGUGAGGAAGGAUGGGCCAUGCUGAAGUGUGGGAGAAAGAAUUAUGAGCGGGCCAAGGCCUGCUUUGAAAGGGCUCUGAGAGUGGAGCCUGAAAACCCUGAAUUCAGCCUUGGGUUCGCCAUCUCCUCCUUCCGACUGGAUUAUGAUGAUGAAAACGUAAUUUCUCUAGAGUCCCUGAGGAGAGCUGUCAGCUUAAACCCAGAAGAUGCAUAUGUUAAGGUUCUUCUUGCCCUGAAGCUUCAGGAUGUAGGACAGGAAAAAGAGGGAGAAGGCUAUAUUGAGGAAGCUCUGAACAGCACAUCCUCCCAGCCCUAUGUCUUUCAAUAUGCAAGCAAAUUUUACCGAACAAAGGGCUGUGUGGAUAAAGCUAUUGAGCUCCUUAAGAAAGCCUUAGAGGCAAGACCGGACUCUGCCUCCCUGCAUCACCAGUUAGGGCUUUGCUACAGGACAAAACUGAUUCAAGUAAAGAAUGCAACAAAUAUGAACCCUAUAGGGCAGGAAAGAGAAAAUGUGGACAGAUUGGUUCGAUUGGCUAAAAAACAAUUUCGAGAGGCUAUAAGAUUAAAGCCAAGAUUCAAGAUAGCGUAUGCUCAUAUGGCUGAAAUGUAUGCAGAAGUAGACCAACACAGAGAGGCAGAGAAAAUUUUUCAGAAAGCAUUAUGCAUGGACAAUAUUGCUGACAACAUACAGCAAGUCAUUCAUUACCUCUAUGGCCGUUUCCAACAAGUUCACAUGAAAUCUGAAGACAAAGCAAUCACCCAUUAUUUAAAAGGUCUAAAGAUACCAGAAAUGUCCUUUGCCAGGAAAAAACUUAUAAGUGCUCUGGAAAAACUGGCUAAAAAUCGUGUGAAACAGAAUGUGAGUGUUGUGGAGACUGUCAGCCUCCUGGGGCUCAGCCACAAAUUGAGAGGGGAAGUGAAGGAGGCCCUGCUGUACUAUGAAUGGGCUCUGAGGCUCACAGAUCAGCUGAACCCAGAGUUUUGAGGAAGGAGCCCAACCCCCCAUUUCAUCUACUCACAACAAAUAGAACAACAAGCUUCCCUGCUUGCUGCCUCCCAAAAUGUAUAACUUUUUGUUUUCUGCCCUAACUUAGAUAAUAACUACCAAUGUUUUAUAAUAUUGGUGUGUCUGCUCUGUCUUCAGAACAAUACUCUACAUUCCAGAAAGACCAGAUAUGAGGUUAUACUACUUAUAGAAUUUAUUAUUUUCUAAUACAUUUUUCCAAUAUAUCCCAAGAUUGUAAAGAAAAUCAAACAAGAAUAUUGGGAAACAUGUUGAAAGAUAAAAGUGUAUUACAAAUAUCAUAGACUGUUAAACUACUCAAUGCAUAGUUAUUUAGCUAUUUGGAAAUGCAAUUAAAUGGUAGUAACAAGAAUUGCACUGAGGUGGUGGUGAUGGGGUACCCAGCC